CAUGCACCCCUCUCCCACCUGACCGCAAAACUAUGGCAGUCGAUGACUUUCUGAGUCGAGACACAGACACUUUUGUAUUGGCUCACAAGGCCUACUAUCCUACCAAGAUACCCAUCGCACAUUAUCAACUCCGCCAUUUCAUCUCGUGCCCUGAGCCCGACCUUCUCUACUACGCGAGCGGCGCGGCCGUCUACUGCCUCAAUGCCGCUACACGAACACAAGCACACGUAACCACGCUGCCCUGGGAGGCGCGCUGCACCGCAUCUGGCCACGGCUAUGUCUGUGUAGGCGGAGAAGAGCAUGGCAACUUUGCCGCCAUCAAAGUGACGGGUUUCCCGCCCUCGGACCCCUCUGAUGUCGACGCCUCGCUGCCUCUGGACUUUGAACACCGUCUCCCCCGGCCGCCACUCCUGGGCGCUGCGUCGCGCAUACGCCUCGAGAAGAUUGGCUCCGACAUUGUCAACUCGAUAUCCAUACACAAGCUGCCCGCCGACGGCGAUGGCCCGGACCAAGUGGUGGCAGUCCUCACCAACAACGACAAGACGGUGCGCGUCUACUCGCUCACGCAGAAUCUGGAGCUCGCCGUGCUGGACCUACCCUUUGCAAUGAACCAUGCUGCGAUAUCUCCUGACGGGCAAAUGUUGGUGGCCGUGGGCGACGCCCCUAUCGGCUACUUCUUUGAGCGAACCAAAUCGCAAAAGGGCGGCAAAGUCGCCGAGGGAUGGAUACAAUCGACUCCGCCAGACUGGGAGCUGCUGAAGCACGUCGCCUUGCACCGGCCUGCAAACUCGCAUGCAGACGGCUAUUUUACUACAGCAUGGUCACCCUCGGGGCGUCUUUGCGCAGUCGGGUCCGAGUGUGGCUACAUUACCGUGUUUGAUGUUGAGCUGCUCAAGGUUGUCGAAUAUGGAGAGGAUGCUAUCCUGCAGCUGAUUAGUUCCACCCGACCUGACACUCGAACUGGUCCUGGCGCGGUGCGCACGAUGCACUUCUCACCUGCGCCAUGGGACUUUCUUGUUUGGAGCGAAGACCAAGGCAGAGUAUGCAUUGCUGACUUGCGAGCUGGGCUGAAGGUGAAACAAACAAUCACGUUGGACCCGAAAGAAGAAGGCCUGGAGAGUGUCGAGCUCGCUGACUUUGAUCUGACUCUCAGCCCGGAAAUGCACGAGCUGCGCCGGGAAGCAGACUUCAUCCGGAGAUACCGCCGUGCCCUAGACACUGAAGGAAAUGUAUCCACGGUGAAUGCUGCCAAUGAAUACAACUUUGAGGCUGAUCCCGAGCGGCAGCGGCUGCAUCGCCGGCUGGGUGUAGUCGAGUCGGACAACGAUCCACUGGGGUUGACGGCACGCGAAAGGCAGGUGCUCAGCGCACUUCGCACAAGCCAUAGACAGCGCGAAGAGUUGCGCGAGCAAGACAUAACGCCCCGAAGCAUCAAUUAUACUACUUCUGGGCUACUCGAUACGGUGCCAGAACCCACUGCUCGCGAAGUGGCCGAGGCAAUGGCUCAGUUCAUGUCAGAAAGGACAGGCCAGAACCAUCCGCCCCGCUGGUUUCAUGAGCGUACAACGCCUCGACGACAGGCUUCUGUGAUCGUGUCGAUAAACGAGGGCACGAUCAACGCACCAGCAACACUUGGCAACAUCACCGACUCUGCGAUUACGCGGUCACCGAACCCAGUGCCGGCACAAGCGCGUCGGGUGACGAGCGAACUCGUCGCAUCCACAGACGAAGCAUGGCGCACGGUCGAGGAAGCUCUUGCUGCUGAACAGACACGGGCUGCCAACCGUAACGCUACAUCACACCCGGCUUCUUCUGACAGCAACCCUACUGCGCCUGAACUGCGCAACGAGCUCCGCCGUAUUCGCCAACUAACACAAGCACGGGAACGUCUGCGGAACGCUCGUGCCGGGCAGCCUAUUACCGAAACCUACGAGUUUAGUCUUGGGCUCCGCAGAACAAGUCGCACCACUCAUGAUCCGCGUCUGGGGGUGCGCACAGCAGGACUGGCCAUGAGCCAGGACGGACGGACACUGUAUUGCGGGACGGAAGAAGGCAUUUUUGAAUUCAAAAUGAACCUCCAUGUGAGGAAGGCUUUUCCUGCGAUUACGCCACGCUAAAUUGCAGCACGGGGCGGAGGCGUCUCUUCCGCAUGCAGAGUGGGGUUUUGUCUGAUUGAAACGGCAUCCACGGCGUUUGUGGUGGUAUCUUCAGCAUUGGCAUUCGUCUGGGCAAACAGGUUCAGGCGCAUGGCGGGUUCUCUUUGUAAUGGUUGUACUUGUUCAUGUAGGCUUAAAUUGGUCCAAGUAGGUAUACCCGCGCAUCUAGGUAAUCAAAAUGCA